AUGUGCGAAGGCCCAGAACCACGACAACUGCAGAUAGGGACUCCGAUGCCAACGACCACUUCCACGACUGUCGUGCCAGCGACGGAGAGCUCAUGCUACCAAGACUUGACUGAGGCGCAGCAAGAUGCAGUCCGCACGUUGGCAUACAGCAUCACGACCUGGCACCUGUGCAAAAAUCCUGAUUGCUCGUGGCCCGAAGGCAUUCCACAACCCACGGCACCCUGCCUUGAGGUUCUCGCAUGGUUUGAUUCCUCGUUGUACUCGCGCAGUUGGGUUGACCUGACAGACUCGAAACGAGAUGCAUUGGAGUUGCUUGGAUGGGCAAGCUCGCGCUGGGUUGAGAUGGAUUAUCCGCUAUCCUAUGCCCAGCUGUGGAGCGAACUUCAGCCAAGACAACAAGAAGCUGCAACCUUCCUUGGCUACAACGUAGAGGUCUGGGAACGCUGUGAGCGGGCGGCGCCGUGCAUUACUCGCCUAGAGCUGUUAGAGACAAAGUGGAGCGCCAUCUCCUGGCGCGAAAUGCAGCAGCCAUUUCAAGACAGGUUGAAGGAGCUUGGCUACGAUGAGAAACGAUGGACAAACGGAGAUGGGGCCACCCUGAAGAAGGCCUACGUGGAUCUGACUGAUGCUGAGAAGAUCUCGGUCAGACUAGCAGGAUAUGUGUCAGACACCUGGGAUGGAUGUCCGAAUGCUCAGUGCGAAGAGCGAUUCAAUUACUUGAAAAGAAAGUACAGCGACAUCCAGUGGAGCGCGCUGACGGUUGCCCAGCGGCGAGCUUGGCAGCUUCUUGGCCACAACGAGCAGCUUUGGGCGGGUGGCAUGAUGAACACCAUUUCCAUGCAGUUGACUUGGGAAGAGUUAUCUUUGGAGCAGAGAGCGCAGGCAGAGUUCCUGGGCUUUUCCAGAGGAACUUGGCAGGGCUGCAACGACAACUGGGGACAAAACUCCGGGGGGAAUGGCACCCAGAGCGAUGACUUCAUUUCAACGAGUAUUGAGAGAACAGUGCGUUCUCGCAUGGUUAUUCGGCGACCCUUUGCGGAAGUCUCUGGCAAUGUUUAUGGCACUGCCGUGGACAGACUUCCAACUUCUUUCAUUCAGGUCUUCGAAGAAGCUGUGGCGCGGGCUCUGUUUUGCAGCAAUCCGCCCCUCAGUGAAGAUCCGAGGACAUAUGUUGACACUGAUGGCAACCCGCUGUGCAUUCAGAAAGGAAUCUACGAAACGCAAAGACACCGAGUAAAGGUCAUGACAGUGAUCGAGGGAUCUAUCAUCGUGGACUUCUUCCUUGCGAGGAAUCAAACAGCAAUGGAACUUCCAGCGCCGUCACUUUUUGAG